AAAUAUAAUUCAAUAGUAUAAAUUAGUAAAAAAAAUCCAAUUUUAAAAAGGUAGCAUGCUUUGACGUGAUUAAACAUAGAUACUUUGAAAAAUGGAUAAGAAAACCAAAUCGUUAGAGAAAAUCCUCCGCCUUCGUUGAUUAUAAAAUCACCGCUCCAUUUCCGCCGUGCACCGCCGCGACAGAACCAUGACUUGACCCGAAAUUGCCCUGUUUUCCGAUACAUAAACAGGCAAUUGCAUGGGGGCAUCGUUGUCCAACACGGCGGAGAAUGGUACGGUUACCGGUAAAACGGGGCUAGGCGACAUACCGGAAAGUUGCGUGGCCUGUGUUUUCAUGUACCUAACGCCGCCGGAAAUUUGUAAUCUCGCUCGGCUGAACCGGGCAUUUAGCGGUGCUGCUUCUUCUGAUGCUGUGUGGGAAUCUAAACUUCCUUCUAAUUACCACCAUAUGCUUGACCUUUUGCCUCCUUGGAGAUACGAAGGUCUUUCGAAGAAGAGUAUAUUUGCCCUUCUCUCUCGUCCCUUCUCGUUUGACGAAGAUAAUAAGGAAGUAUGGUUGGACAGAAUAAGUGGAAGGAUAUGCAUGUCAAUCUCUUCAAAAGCGAUGUCAAUAACAAGUAGUGAAGACAGGAGACAUUGGAACUGGUUUGCAACGGACGAAUCAAGGUUCCAGGUUGUGGCAUAUUGCCAGCAAGUCUGGUGGUUUGAAGUAAGUGGAACAGUCAAGUUUCCUUUUCCCCCAGAUAUAUAUACUCUAACAUUCAGGAUCCACAUUGGGAAAUUCCUUAAGAGACUAGGCCGACGUGUUUCCAACUUUGAGCACACACAUGGAUGGGAUUUGGGGCCAGUACGCUAUGAACUGUCUACUUCUGAUGGACAGUGUGCAGUUAGUGAGUGCCGCCUCCAUGACAUCGAACAAGGUGAUGCAAAAGGGACUGUUAAGCGUGGAUGCUGGAUUGAAUACAAGGUGGGUGAAUUUAUUGUCAGUAGGUCAAAUCCUGUAACUGAGGUUAGAUUCUCGAUGAAACAGAUUGACUGCACACAUUCCAAAGGUGGCCUGUGUUUCGAUUCUGUAUCAAUUAUCCCUAGUAAUAAUCUCAGGAGGAGGAGAAAAACAGGAAGUUUCCAUAGAUACGUUUCCUAGUUUACCAAAUACUUAUAGAAAGUAUUAAAUUAGGUUCUAUAACACAGCUUAAACUACCUAAAAAUUGGUACCACGAAGGAUAUCACUGUAUUUUUUUCGCCUUAGGUAUGUCUGUACUAUGUCCCUCCUAUCCAUGUAAAUUUCAAUACUUUGUAUCUGAUCCAGUUUUGCUGCAUAGUAUAUCUUCUGUGGAAGAUCAGUAUAAUAGUUUUCGAGUCACUUAGCACCUUAA